GGCUCCGUUUCUCCAUUCAUUCAGUGCUCCUUCAUUCAGCACAAGCGCCGGUUCACUUCGAAACAGGCCGCGCUACUGCGUGGGCGGGAAUACGUGACAGGAGCGUUUCGCGCGCAUUUUCAAAUUUUUUUUUAAUGCGACAAAGCCAAAAAGUUUUGUUUUUAAAAUAUGUUUGAGGUUUAGUUUUUUUUUACUUUUUAAAAUGGGUGAACAAACUUUUAAUAUCACGGACGACAAUAUCGAGCAGCAUAUUAUUACUUUGUUUGAAAAAUUAGAGUGUAUGCGUAAAGAUGCGAAUUCGGAUGGGUUGUCGGGCAAGAUGCCGGCGCGGCUGGAAGUGAGGACUUUAUCAUUGUGGAAGGCAGUUGUGGCAGAGUGUGCGGCAUCCUUUCUCUACGUGUUCAUAGUGUGCGGAGCGGCAGGCGGCGCGGGCGUCGGCGCCUCCGCCUCAGCGGUGCUACUCGCUACCGCUCUCGCUUCCGGCUGUGCUAUAGCCACUAUCACAUUAUGCUUCGCUCAUAUAUCUGGUGCUCACGUGAACCCCGCAGUGUCCGCGGCGCUGUGUGUACGACGGCGGGUGUCGCCGCUGCGCGCAGCACUGUACAUGGCUGCGCAGUGCGGGGGCGCUAUCGCCGGGGCCGCUGCGAUUUAUGGGUAA